CUGCGAGAUGUGAUAAAAAAAACAAAACAAAUAAAUGGUAACAUGGAUAUACCUAAUAAUUUCGAUGCAUUUUGUGGCGGAUGCUUGAACAAAAUUUCAACAAAGAAUUGUAAUAUUCGACUAGCACUUAAACAAUAUUGGCAUGAGGACUGUUUUCGGUGCUCCAUUUGUGACCUUACAUUAUGCGAUUGGUAUUUCGAGAAUAAAGAGAAACAAAUCAUUCUUUGUAGAAAUGAUUACUUGGAGCUAUACAGAAAUCAUUGUCAGCAGUGUGGUGAGGUUUUAUCAGGACCUUUCAUGGCUGCAGACUGUCACAAAUUUCAUCCUGAAUGUUUUGCUUGUUGUUUUUGUGAAGAGUUAAUUGGAGAUGAAGAAGAAUAUAUUUUAGUUGAAAGAACAAACAUAUAUGACAGGAAGUGUUUUGAAGAAAAAGCUGAUACAUCACAAUUUAAUGCACAUACAAUACACUUCAUAAAAGUAAAGAUACAGCAAAACAACAUGCUACCUAUUCAACUUUGUGUGGAACAAGGACAUACUAAAACCACUGACAAGAAGUCUUUAAAGUCAAACAUAAAAAUAUCUCAAAUUGAUGAAAAUCUUAACCUUAACCAAAAACAUAUUGGUGAUAAACUGUUGGAGAUUAAUGGAAUACCCAUUAAAAAUACAUCUAUUGAUUCGAUAUCUAAUAUGGUUAAUGGCUCAGAGAAAAUUGUACAGCUUACUUUAGAACAUCAACCAAACAAAAUAAUUGAAGGCGGUCAGUGUAACAUAAAACAAAUUGAAAGGAUAUUCAAAAAGAAAACGGAAAGUAAAAAUGUAAUCUCUGGGAAAAACCGACAUAAAGCUAAUAUCAAAAACAAAGAACGAAGUUCUAGUAUGUCAACAUUAUUAGGAUCUACAAGUCCGACAAAUCAAUUAUUUGACUUAUCCAGAGCAAAAUCGUUUCGCAUUGAAAAUAAAGCUCAGAAGAUUUUUCGUGCAUCUGAUUUGGUACAAGGCGAGUUACUUGGAAAAGGAUUUUUUGGACAAGUGUACAAAAUAACGGAAAAAAUCAGUGGAGAAGUAAUGGUUCUCAAAGAAUUGUACAGGGUCGAUGAAGAGGCCCAAAAAAACUUUUUGAAGGAAGUUGCAGUAUUAAAAUCACUAAGUCAUCCAAACGUUUUGCGAUUCAUUGGUGUUUUGUAUAAAAACUCAAAAUUGCAUUUGAUAACCGAGUUUGUUCCAAGAACUUUGAAUGAAAUAAUUCAUAAUCAAAAUAUAUCAUUGCCAUAUGCUCAAAGGGUUUCAUUUACUAAAGAUAUUGCAACUGGAAUGAAUUUUCUUCAUAACAGAAACAUAAUACAUAGAGACUUAAACUCCUUUAAUUGCUUGGUGAGAGAAGAUAUGACCGUUAUCGUUGCAGACUUUGGACUAGCACGUAUAAUUUCUCAACCACCACGAUUCAAAACAACGUCAAAAUUAUUAGCUAAAACACAAGAAAGAAAAAAUUAUAGACAACGAAAACAAAGAUACACGAUAGUUGGAAAUCCCUACUGGAUGGCACCAGAAAUGAUGAAAGGAAACAAAUAUGAUGAAAAAGUGGAUGUAUUUUCUUUUGGUAUUGUGAUUUGUGAGCUUAUUGGAAGGACAUCAGCUGAUCCUGAUUACUUACCAAGAUCAUCAGAUUUUGGAUUGAAUCAUGAGAAAUUUAUAGAAAAGUUUUGUAAUGACUGUCCAGAAUCUUUUUAUUUGAUUGCUUUUGUAUGCUGUGACUUAAAUCCUGACAAGAGACCUCCAUUCAGUACAAUCGAGACUUGGCUCGACAUGUUAACAAAUUGUAAAGCUGGCUUGUCAGAAGUCCAAAAAUAUGUGCUAAACAAUAAUUUAGAUUUACCAACAAACUAUUCAAAAUUAAAAAAUAACUCAAAACAAAAUGAAAUAGAUGGAGACAAUACUUCAGAAGAAUCAUCACUUUUAUACGUAACUCCUAAAUCACAUCUUAUCAGCCUUGAUUUUACAGAGUCUGGUGAACGUUUACGUAGUAGUUUUAGAACUAGACGUCAUAAAAAAAGUAUGCAAUGCAAAAAACCGAUUGAAGAUGCAACAGAUGAUAACAUUUUGUUAUGCGACACAAGUGAGUCCGAGCCAUUGAGUUUAAUUGAAAUAACAAAAGAGGCAAAUAAUUCGAUUCAUAAUGUGGCUCAUACUUUAGGCAAAGUAAGUGAAAAGCUUGAAAAUGAUAAGAGAAAAUCCCAACAUGGAAAAGAUGCAUAUGUAAUUAAGAUGGCAGAGGGUGUAAUAUCCAUUAGUGGCGUUGAAAAAAUUGAAAGCUUUUCGGAUAUUGAUUCUUCUUGUGAUACCAGUUUAAAUAUUGUAGAAAGUAGUUUAAAUGGUGACAAUAGUAAUCUUGAUUUUCUUAAUUCAGAAAAUAAACACGAAAAAAUGUUUUCGGAAAACAACGAUGCCAAAAUUGUUAUCGAUAAAUUAUCUUCAAAUAUCGAAACCACAAAAUGUAAAAGUAAAUUAAAUAAAAUGACAAAAGAAACAAAAUUUCAACCAACUUGUAACUACAUGAAAAAAAAAAUCAAAGAUACAAUGAACAACAAUCCUAAAUCACCAAGAAACCUCAAGUUAUAUGGUAAACAUUCAAUACCAUCAACAGACACUUUUUCUCAAACGGUUAAUUUAAACAUAAAAUCGUUAAACAAGAGUUUAGAUAAAAUGUCAAUAUCGGAAAAAAUGACUGAGAGUACAAAGGCAAAAGUAAGGACAAAAGUACAUCUUAACACAUUAAAACCCCCAAUAUGGUCUGCUACAAAGAAUACAAGAGUUAAUCAACUAAAUAAACUUAAGACUUUGACUGUUAAAAACAAUGUAUCUAAAACUAAUUCUGUUAGCUAAUGAAUAAAAAAUGU